CACAGUACACAGAAGCGCACGUUGCGUUGCGCUGGUGUACACAUGGUUAUUGUGUUAAUUGUGUACAUUUGCGAGGACAAGCGCUCUGAACAGUAUGAGGAAAAACUGCCUGAAUGUCAUAUCCCGAUGGACAUCACUGGAUUUUUAAAGUGUAACCCGCACAUUAAGGAAGACCAUAGAUAGCCUAACUGCAGCUAUGUAAAUGUCUCGAUCGGAAUAGUCGCGGGGAGAAACACAAGGAUCUCAUUUAUCACAAAACAUGAAGAUACAGCGGACGUACAGCUUAUAACGCUACAAAAGGCAAGACUGAAAAAAGCAAAGAGGAUGAGGAUACCAUCACCAGGCUCUCUUCGCUCAGCCCCAGAUGCCUCCGCUCCCUCUUGACGAGCGCAUAGUGGUUAUUCAGCGGCCCAAAAGUUUGGCCUUGCGCGUGGCCUCCCCACCAACCACUUCACAGUCUUCCUCACACCGCCCAGCCACUCACAACGAGCCCCCACCCCGCUUACCACAACCCCAACCCCCACCACCCCAUUCCCAUCCAGGUUCCAAAUACCUGUCUCUGGAAUGCAAGCACAGGCAAUCUUCCCAUGUUCAGAGAGAUAAAGGAGAACGAGGUGCUCCCUUUGAGGGCAGCGGCCACAAUACUAGCCAUUGUCACAGCAAUGGGACAGUAACUUUAGGUCCCAGACCUCACAAGCACACGCAUACCAUUGACAUUAGAGUGUCUUUGGACAAAGGUGGAAGAGGAGGAUCUUACAUAGACCAAGGCCGCAGCAGUAGUCUUACCCGAAGUGGAAGCAUCAAAGGGAACAGAACUAAACGGGUGUCACUGCACUUGGAUCCAGGGCAAGGCGAAAGGAAAUGCAAAGGAAAGUCUUCCGAAUUAGUGGAGAAGCACCACCAGAACCAUCAUCAGAGUCAAAACCGGACUCAGCACAGUAGCCAUCAUCCGAACCAACUCACAGUCUCUCCUGGAGGGAUCUUAGAAUUUGUACCAGCGCAGAGACAGCAGUCAAAAUCCAAGCCAACAAGAGAGAGAGACCUGUCAUCAAAGUCUUACUCUGCAACUGCCAGCCACCCAUUGCACAGUGAGAGGGACGUAUCAUCUGUAGGAAACAAAGAAAACUCCAAACUGGGACCCGGCCACCAACUGCCCCACGCCCACAGCCUAUCCCGUCACCACAGUUCAGCCCCAUUACCCCAUGCUGCCAUCCUAAACCCUCACUACCCUGCUGUACCACCCUCACUCCCUUCCCGAGCGCCUUCCUCCUACCAGCACAUCAGUCAACCCCGUCCCUCACACACUAGAGAACAUCGGCCCCAAAUUCUUCACGCUUUACCCCUCUCCCCUACUUCCUCCCAAGGAGGCUUCCCCAGUCCUGACCACACAUGUACAAUUGACUUUUCCCACCCUUGUGGCUGUUGGAGGUUGGUUCGUUGUAGAAGAGGUAGAGGUCACUCGGCUGGCUGCCACGGUCGUAGUACAAGCCCAUCCUCUUCAUUUUCCCACGCCCCAGGAACAAGUGCUGCCAACGGAGGUGGCGGAACCAUGGGAUUGAAGACUUUAGGAGGGUGUCUGUCAACUGCUUCCACCACCAACACCUCCUCUUCCAACAGCACUGUCUCGGACUGUCGCACAGGGCUGCUCAGACCUUUGGGUUGUGCAUCCUGUUCUGGAGAAGCUGGAGGUUUUGAGAGCCCUGCUGCUUUCCGUAAGAAACUGGUUGGGGGUUGUUUACCUUGUACUCCCCUUUCCUCAUCUGCACCUCUUCGAGCACUCCAGAGUUGCGUCAGUGGGUGCAAUCCUAAAGCAAGCCAAACUGGCAGCUCCACGUGCAGUUACUGCAGUAGUGACCCCAUUGUAGUGACCUUUAACCCGCACAGAGGGAAUCCUCCCAACAUGGGGCGUAAUAUUGAUGCACAUACCAUGGGAGGAUACCAGCCUGAUGAUGACGAUUACAGUGUACGCACAAUCUGGCCGGAGGAGCUAGCGAAAAAGAUGACUCGCUCUAAAACUCAGCCUAUCCAUCACAAUGCAGGUAUUGGAAUGGGCUCAGGGAGGACCUGCAUGGGCCACAACCAGAAUAGUGGCAGUGGUGGCAAUCCUGUAAUCCUGGACUGUCGGAACCUUAUGGAGUUCACUCGUUCCCAGUUGACAGAUCAGGCAGGACGACGGAGGCUCCAGCAAGGAAAGAUGGCUGUUUUGGACUUUAUCGGAUCAGGGAAUAGUGGAGACCAGGGUAGAGAUUCCCUCAAGCGGCUUUGGAACAAAGGAGCAGAUGCUUGCAUGGGGGAUGGCAAUGGGUUUGAUGAUGAAGUGCUUCCACAAUCCCUAUCCCUCCGCUCUCCAUCUCCAGAUUCCCCUCCAUCCUUCUCACCCCCACCCUCUGCUCCUAGCACGCUUAUUAAGCCCAAACUCAAACAGCGAGAGAGGGAAGGUGGACACACCUUACCCUCAGCACAGUCGCUCCACUUGGUCCUCAACUCACUCAACAGAGAACAAGAUGAGGAAAAUGGACGAGGUAAAGUUGCACUUUUCCCUCCCUCUUUCUUCAUCCCUCCCAGCUUCACUAUCUGAAGAGAGUGUCAUGACCCCAGAUAUGGAGAAUGCUGUGAUCAGCCCCAUCCUCCCUUUCCUUUUUCUUGGCAACGAGAGAGAUG